UAGCCGAUUGGUGGUAAAGAAAGCUGCUCAUGGAGGUCGUCACGGGUGCCAUGGGCAGCCUGCUCCCCAAGCUGGGCCAGCUGCUCAUGGAUGAGUACAAUCUGCACAAGCGCGUCAAGAAAGACGUCCGCUUUCUCUCCAUGGAGCUUGAAAGCAUGCACGCUGCCCUCAUCAAGGUUGGUGCCGUGCCGCGGGACCAGCUGGACACGCAAGUCAAGCUCUGGGCCGAUGAAGUCAGAGAGCUCUCCUACAACAUGGAGGAUGUCGUCGACAAGUCCCUCGUACGCGCCGAAGGUAUUCAGCAGCCUCACGACAACACCGGCAGAUUCAAGGAGCUCAAGAACAAGAUGGUCAGCUUGUUCAAGAAAGGCAAGAAUCACCAUCGGAUAGCUGACGCCGUCAAGGAAAUCAAGGAGCAACUCCAGGAGGUGGCUGCUAGGCGUGGUAGGAACAAGCUCGAUGGUAUUGCUUUUAAUCCCAUAGAAGCAAUUGCUAUCGAUCCUCGUCUUCGGGCUUUGUACACAGAAGCGACAGAGCUGGUGGGCAUUUAUGGGAAGAGGGAUGAAGACCUCUUGAGUUUGCUCUCCAUUGAGGGCGACGAUGCAUCUAACAAGAAACUGAAGAAGAUCUCCAUUGUUGGACUUGGAGGGUUGGGAAAGACCACUCUUGCUAGAGCAGUAUACGAGAAGAUUAAAGGUGAUUUUGAUUGUCGCGCAUUUGUCCCCGUCGGUCAGAACCCUGAUGUCAGGAAGGUUUUUAGGGAUAUCCUUAUUGAUCUGGGAAAAUCCCACUCAGAUGUUGUCAUGUUGGAUGAAAGGCAGCUUAUCAACAAUCUUCAUGAAUUCCUCGAGAACAAGAGGUAUCUGGUCAUAAUUGAUGAUAUAUGGGAUGAAACAUUGUGGGAAGGCAUCAACUUGGCUUUCUCCAAGAAGAAUAAUCAAGGCAGUCGGCUAAUCACCACAACCCGCAUUUUCAGUGUCUCCAAUUCAUGUUGCUCGUCAGCUGAUGAUUCAAUUUAUCAAAUGAAACCUCUUUCUACUGAUGACUCCCGAAGGCUCUUCCAUAAAAGAAUAUUUCCUGACAAUAGUGGAUGUCCAAAUGAAUUUGAACAAGUGUCUAAUGAUAUAUUGAAGAAAUGUGGUGGGUUACCACUAGCCAUAAUUACUAUAGCUAGUGCUUUGGCUGGUGGCCAGAAGGUGAAACCAAAGCAUCAGUGGCAUAUUCUGCUGCAGUCCCUUGGCUCUGGACUAACAGAAGAUAACAGUUUAGAAGAGAUGCGGAGAAUUUUAUCUUUCAGCUAUUAUGAUCUACCUCCUUAUUUGAGAACUUGUCUAUUGUAUCUAUGUAUAUACCCAGAAGAUAGCCAGAUUGAUAGAGAUAGACUGAUAUGGAAGUGGGUGGCCGAAGGAUUUGUCCAUAAUGGAAAUCAAGGCACUAGUCUGUUUUUGCUUGGGUUAAAUUACUUCAACCAACUCAUUAAUAGAAGUAUGAUCCAGCCAAUAUAUGAUCCAAUAGGCCAGGUAUCUACUUGCCGUGUACAUGAUAUGGUUCUGGACCUUAUCUGCAAAUUGUCACAUGAAGCAAAGUUUGUUAAUCUCUCGGAUGGCAUUAGGAAUAACACAUCUUCAAAUAGUAAUGUUCGCCGUUUGUCCCUUCAGAAUAAAAAUGAAGAUCAUAAAGCCAAGCCCCUCACAAAUAUCAUGAGUAUGUCACGAGUGAGGUCAAUUAUUAUCUUUCCACCUGCUGCUAGCAUCAUGCCAGCUCUGUCAAUGUUUGAAGUUCUGCGUGUACUUGAUCUGUCGGACUGUAAUAUGGGAGAAGGUAGCAGCCUGCAGCUUCACCUCAAGGAUGUUGGACAUCUGAUUCAUCUAAGGUACCUAGGUCUAGCAGGGACCGAAAUUAGUGAACUCCCGGCUGAGAUAGGAAACCUGCAGUUUUUGGAGGUAUUGGAUCUUGGAAAUAAUGAUGAACUAGAUGAAUUGCCAUCCACUGUUUGUAAUUUGAGAAGAUUAAUCUACCUAAAUGCUUGUCUGUGUGAGGUGGUUUCAGCUGGUGUGUUGCAGAAUCUGACAUCCAUAGAAGUGUUGAGGGUGGUCUUGGCUUCUCUGGCCAUUUUUGCACAAGAGCUUGGCAACUUGGCAAGGCUGAGGGAGCUUGAGAUUCAGUUCAAGGAUGGUAGUUUGGAUUUGUAUGAAGGUUUUGUGAAGUCUCUGUGCGGCCUACAUCACAUUCAAAGCCUAAGAAUUGAGUGCAAAUCCAGAGAAACUUCUUUUGAACUGAUGGAUCUCUUGGGAGAACGUUGGGUGCCUCCUGUACAUCUCCGUGAAUUUGUGUCACGCAUGCCCAUUAAACUCUCUGCACUGCAAGGGUGGAUAAGACGAGACACCUCACAUCUCUCGGACCUCUCUGUGUUAUUUCUCACGUCAGUAAAGGAAGUGCAGCAGGAGGACAUGGAAACCAUUGGGGGGUUGCUGGCUCUUCGUAGUCUCUGGAUAAAUAGCACCCACCAAACACAACGGCUACUAGUCAUCCGUGCAGAUGGGUUCCGCUGUAUGGUUGACUUUGGCUUGGCCUGUGGAUCAGCAGCACAAAUAGUGUUUGAACAAGGAGCUUUGCCGAGGGCGGAACAAGUUAGGUUCAGCCUUGGCGUGCGGGUGGCGAAAGAGGAUGGUAACUCUGGUUUCGACUUGGGCCUGCAGGGGAACCUGCUCUCCCUUCGGCGGAGGGUCCGGGUUUUAUUGUAUUGUGGUGGAGCGAGGGUUGGGGAUGCCAAGGAAGCGGCAGCCGCGGUGUUUCACAGAGACGCAGACAUUCAAAUUUAUUCGAGCGUGCGGAUAUCAGGAGGUACUCAUGCUGCCUGA